GACGAGAUCAACAUUGCACGAAUUUGGUGCUGGUUCCUUGACAAAGUUGAAGGUUUUGGCCUCUGAAGACGACCGUUUGUGUAACGUUCUUGUGCUAAAAGUGUUCCCGUUAAACGAGCCAGUGUAAAAGAGUCGAACGGAACGGUGAAAAUUGAACUUAAUUGAAUUUGUGCCAGCUCACCUCGUGUUUGCAAUCGGGGUGGUCAGCCAUGGAUUACGAAGAGAUCGCAGUGGCCGAGGAGCAGAACCAAGCGGAACGCAAGGAAAGCGGCAAACGAGGACGCAAACCGGGUCGGAAGGCAUCCACCGAGAAGAUCGAUAUGAAAGCCAAACUUGCAGAACGUAGCCGGCAGAGUGCUCGUGAGUGCCGUGCACGCAAGAAGCUCCGCUAUCAGUAUUUGGAGGAGUUGGUCACUGAUCGUGAAAAGGCCGUGGUGGAGCUGCGCCACGAGCUGGAGAAACUGUACUCCUGGGCGAUGGAGAUCGAAGCCGGCCGUUGCCCGGACGGACUGCAGGAGCUGCUCGAGGAAAUGGGUGCCAUGAAGCAGGAGUGAAGGCGCACAAAAUCAAAUACACCCGCACGCGGCGCGAGCACACUCGCGGUCUCCGCUAGUCCAGUGGCUUACUUCCGCUGUAAUGUUUUGUGGUUUUAGUUGUUUAAGUUGAACGUGUAGCUUCAGUUGUGUUAGAUUUUCGUUUCCCGGUCAGCCGUCAGCACGCUUGUUUGAGAAUCGGUUGAACAGCCACAAACAACUUGUUGCGCUUUGAUGCUGCUGCUUCUGCUGCUGCUGCUUGCGUAAGGCAUGUUGCGCGCGUGCGCGCACGUUUUCUCGGACCCACUCCGGAGUGGUGGUAGGUGUUAGUGCCCGUAACAGUGUUGCAUUUCAUUAAGGCUUAAGUUCCCGUCGUUUUCCCACUCAUGGUUUGUUCAAGAUAUGUUGAAUGUUUCCGUUACGAGCAGUUUGCCAAAAAGAAAGACAAAGAGAGAGGAUCACAGAAAAAUACAAUAAAAAACGAAAAACGAAUAAUGUAAAAGCAAAACAUAAAAAAGAAAGAAGUAGUAGAAGCGUACACAUUAUAAGAAGACAACAAAGCUAACAACAUAAAAACAUUUACCUCAUUUCAGUGCCCUAACGCGUAUCCCCUUGUGUGUAGCAGAGGAGAUAUUCAGGCGGCGCAUUAUUGGUUAGUUUGCUGAAAAGGAUACAGUUUUACGCCAGGUCUGCAAUAGGUUUCAAAUAGUUGCCAACAAGGGUGGUAAGGUGGAGCGUACAGUGUGUGUGUGUGGCAAGUAGUGGCAGUUAUAUUAUUAUAUUAGUAUCGUCUUUCAUUGUCCGUGUACUGAACAAGCUCUGUGCUCACAACGAAAUCGUGAUAGACGUGGGCCAACGGCAUCCAUUGGUUUGUGGUAUACAUUAGUUGUGUUACAAAACCGAAGCAAUGCCAACAAAUUGAUUGUUUUGACGAACUUGACGAAAGGAAAGACUCUCCAGCACAUCCGCAUGUAUGUAGGUAGUGGUAGUACGCCUUUUUUACGAUUCGCCUCGUUUGUCGAAAAACGAUUACAGUCUGUGAAAACCCCUUUUCGAGAGAUAAGAAACAAUAUUUUUGUAUCGUAUAUUUAUCGCCUCCGAUAAUAAACUGAUCCCUUCCUUCGACACACAU